AUGUUUCCCCCAGAAGGCUACAGAUGCACUGUUACUAUCUCACGCAUUGUGCAAAAUAGCAAAUGGUGGUACCCAUCUUGCUCAAGGUGCCACAAAUCUUCAUCUCAAACUUCAACUGGAUAUCACUGCACAUCAUGUGGCUGCACAGAUAUUAACUUUAGAUACAAGCUCAGCUUCAUUGCUACUGAUGGGACAUGUGAAGCAGAGUUCUUUUGUUUUGAUAGCAUAGCCAGAAAAAUAGUAGGAAAACCUUGUGACAACCUUGUUACAGCAGUUACAACUUCUCAGGGUCCCCCAGCAGCCCUAGUCGCUAUUGUGUGUCUGAAAUUUACCCUUGCAGUUACCAUCAAUAUGUCAGCCUACUCGGUCACAAAUAGAGUAUUCUCUAUUCUGUCUAUUUUAACAAAUCAUGGAAGACAGGCCUUCAUACCAUCUAACAUGCCUAGCCAUCCUCAACAAGAGUUGGAUACACAAGAUGAAAUACCUAGCCUUCCGACAACACAAGACUCUCCAGCAACAUCAAUGGCGAAACUAUCUACCUGUAGCAACGAAAGAAACGAGGCACGACGUGUUCUAAUAUAUUCAGAUAUGUCACAUGACACAGAGGGUGAUGCCCAGCGCAUAAGUGAACUCAACAAUGAAGAGUUAUCGUCGCCACCGAAAAGGAUAAAACAUGGCCACAGUAGCAAAGGAAUACCAGAUCUUACAGACCCCAAAAAGAAGAGCUCCUAG